AUGGAAUCUUUUACUAAUAAUAAGCUAUGUGGGAGUAUAUAUAUAGAUGGCGUGUUUGAUUUGAUGCAUGCUGGGCACUUUAAUGCAGUAAGACAGGCCAGAUUACUAGGAGACUCUUUAACAGUUGGAAUAAAUUCAGACUCAGAAUGUUAUAUGGCUAAAGGCUGCUACCCUAUUUAUAGUCAAGAAGAGAGAGGAGAAUUAAUGCGAGGAUGUAAAUGGGUAGAUAAUGUAGUUAUUGGUACACCAUAUUCUGUUAGUACACAAUUAUUAGAUGAGUUGAAAUGUGAUUAUGCAGCUCAUGGAGAUGAUCCAGUAUGUUGUUCAGAUGGCUCAGAUCCAUAUUUAAGUCCAAGACUAGCUGGAAGGCUAAGGAUAUUCAAAAGAACUGAGGGUGUAAGUACUACCGCAGUGAUAACUCGUUUAUUACGUGCCUUAAAAAUAAAUUUGAGCAGCUAUAAAGAAGGCUGUAGUAAUAAUUUACCCAAUAAAAGAGGAAUAUGGGACUUAGAUAAAAUUGUAGAUGGCUGCUACUCACCUUGUCAAAGUUUAAUUUCUACCGGUAGAAUGUUAAAAUUUAUUAUAGAUACUCGGGAAGAUGAGAAUAAUAGAAAGAAUUUUACUGAUAAUUGUUUAGCUCUUUCUAGAUCAUCAUCACCAAAGAAGGUUUGCAAUGAAGUUAUAUAUGUUGAUGGGAGCUUUGAUAUAUUACAUGUUGGACAUCUUAGAUUAUUAGAAGAAGCAAAGAAAAGUGGAGGAACUUUAAUUGUUGGUAUUUAUGAUGACUCAACUGUUCGUAAUAUAUUUGGCCCAAAUUUUCCCAUUUUAAAGAUGAUGGAAAGAGCCUUGACAGUACUCUCACUUAGAGCAGUGGAUGAUGUUAUUUUUGGAGCCCCACUUUGUAUUAGUCAAACUCUUAUUGAUGCAUUUGGGAUUACAAAAGUCAUUUCAACUAAAUGUGUAGAAAAUUACAUACAGGAGGGCCAUAAUAUAUCGUUCUUUGGAGAUAUUGGAUCUUCGUGCGUUGAAGUUUUAGACUUGGACUUAGAAGAUUUAUGUUAUUCAGUUCCUAUCAGAAACGGUAUUUUUUGUAGAGAUUUAUUAGACUCAUCAAAAUUAUGUACAAAUAAAGAUAUUUUUAAUAGAGUACUAACUAAUCACAAAUUACUCUUGAACAAUAUCGGCACUAAAUGGAUGAAAGAAAUUAAUUUUUACAAGAAUGAUUUCCCUGAUGGACAGACAAACUGA